GCUCACUAGUGAGGUUGCCUAUCUUUCCACUCUUCUCCAACACAAUAUCUGUGCUUUCAUGCACAGAUUAAGUGUUUAAGUUAAACACACUUGGAAUUGUAUGCAAAUCAAAAAAAUAUGUUGAGGCUUAAAAGAUGCAUGUCUCUGGUUUUCCUUGUUGGGCUACUUUAUCUUUGGGAAGUUUGUUUAGCAGCUAAUAAUGCUAGCAUUGUUAUCAAAAGAUCAAGCUUUCCGAAGGGUUUCAUUUUCGGAACUGCCUCUUCUGCCUAUCAGUAUGAAGGAGCAGUGAAGGAGGACGGAAGGGGACAGACCAUCUGGGACAAACUUGCACAUUCAACUGGAAAGGUGAUUGAUUCUAGUAACGCUGAUGUUGCUGUGGAUCAGUAUCAUCGCUUCCAUGAUGAUAUUAAACUUAUGAAAGAUAUGGGUAUGGAUGCUUACCGGUUUUCAAUUGCUUGGUCUAGGAUUUUCCCGGAUGGAAGUGGACAGAUGAAUCAGGCGGGUGUCGAUCAUUACAAUAAUUUGAUCAAUGCAUUGCUAGCUAAUGGAAUUGAACCAUAUGUCACCCUUUACCAUUGGGAUUUACCUCUGGCACUAGCAGACAAGUACCAAGGUUGGCUCAGCUCUCGAAUAAUAAAUGACUUUGCCACAUAUGCCGAGACCUGCUUCCAGAAAUUUGGUGACAGAGUGAAGAAUUGGAUAACGUUCAAUGAGCCGCACAAUUUUGCAACAUACGAGGAUAUUGUUGGCCUCCAGGCUCCUAGGGCAGGAAACUCUGAGACAGAACGUUAUAUACCUGGUCACCAUGUUCUUCUUGCACAUGCAGCUGCCAUGGAUAUAUACAGAAAAAAGUACAAGGGAAAGCAACAAGGAUCGGUAGGGAUAACCCUAGAUAGUUUUUGGUAUGAACCUGCAACAAACUCGCCAGAAGACAUACAUGCUACACAACGAGCAAUGGAGUUUUACUUGGGCUGGUUCCUUGACCCUUUAAUGUUCGGAGAUUAUCCAUACUCAAUGAGGACCAGACUAGGAAGCAGAUUACCUAAAUUUUCCACAUCUGAGUCCACUCUUCUCAAGGGUAGCCUGGAUUUUGUCGGCAUAAAUCACUAUACAACUUGGUAUGCCAAGAACAAACUAAAUAACAGCACUGGCUCUGUACAUAAUGAUACAAUGCCAGACAGUGGUGCUGUUACCCUACCAUUCAGAAACGGGAAACCUAUAGGUGAUCGGGCACAUUCUAAAUGGUUAUACAUAGUACCUCAUGGCAUCAGAAGCCUAAUGAAUUAUGUCAAGACAAGAUACGGCAAUCCUCUGGUCAUAAUCACUGAAAAUGGGAUGGAUGAUCAAAAUAUCCCUACUAUGCCCAUCAAGAAUGCUCUAAAGGACGAGAAGAGAAUCCAAUACCUCAACAACUAUUUGACGAAUUUACUAGCUUCUAUCAAGGAAGAUGGGUGCAAUGUGAAGGGAUACUUUGCGUGGUCUCUACUAGAUAACUGGGAAUGGACAUCUGGAUACACCUCAAGGUUUGGUCUGUACUAUGUUGAUUAUAAAGACAACCUUAAGAGGUAUGCCAAGGACUCGGCCCAUUGGUUCAAGAACUUCCUGGCUUCAUCUUAAAAGACUGCUGGCGCAGAUAAGAGCAAAAAAUAUAAACUGUGAUGGAUUCAUGUCCUAGUUCUUCUCAAUUACAUAGUUAAAUGUAUGGAAACAUCAACGAUUAAUAAUGCAUACUGUUUAGCGGUAAUGCAGGCGACUUCUUAGAAGGAUCUUACAUUGCUGCAUACUAGCUUCAA